AUGGUCCGUCUCACACUGAUCGCGCGGAUUUCAGAUGGCCUGCCACUCGCUGAGGGCCUCGACAACGACAAGGCAGUGGAGCUCGAGGACCACAAGCACCAGGCGAAGAAACUUAUUAAACGGCUCUCACAAGAGCGACAGACUGUCAACCGGAUGUCCAUCGACAGUGGCAAGUUCUCCUUUCACAUUGUGAUCGAAGGCGUCGUGUGCUACAUGACAGUGGCCGAGAAGAGCUACCCCAAGAAGCUGGCGUUCCAGUACUUGGACGAGCUCUUGAACGAGUUCCAGAGGCUGUAUGGCCAGCAGAUAGAGACCGUCGCUCGCCCGUACGCCUUCAUUAAAUUUGACACUUUUAUUCAAAAGACCAAGAGACUGUACUUGGACACACGGACUCAGAGGAACAUGGCAAAGCUUAAUGAGGAGCUGUCAGAGGUGCAUCAGAUCAUGACAAAGAGCAUACAGGAGGUGUUGGGCCAAGGAGAGCGGCUAAACAAAAUGGUGGAUGAGGGCCGACGCUUAAAGGAGGACAGCAGCAAAUAUGCAAGACAGGCAAAGGAUUUGCACACACAGGCUUUGAUUCGAAAGUAUAUGCCUCUUGGUGUGGUGAUUCUGGUCGUCUUGCUGGUCCUGUACCUCCGGUCACUCUUCUACUGA